UGUUUUGUUGUCUCGUGACUUCCUGUUGCUAUGGAAACCGAACAGUAGCCGCACAGUCAAGGUGCGCUAAUGCUAAUUCGCUAGCGCAGUAUGGUGUGUUGUUUUGCGGGUUGGUCUGUAAAAACGGAGACUAUAAGAGAUGUCUACACUGGUCACUGUACGAUAUGGUCCUUAUGAAUCGUGUGGAGUUGUUAAUCACAAGACUUUCCGCUUAGAAGGCCUGCAAGCGGUUCUGAGAGACUGCGGCUACGUGUGUGUUCUUGAGGAAACGCCUGACUGGAACCAAGUGGAGGUGGUGGUUCAUGGAGAAAGAGUCUAUAAAUGCGACAUCAACAAACUGGAGUUUGGAGGUGAUGGGAGGCUUGAUCCACUGUGCCAAGAGGCCCUAGACGCAGUAAGGAAUGCAUUCCAACAACACCAAAUAUGAUGCACAUGUGGGCAUGUGGUAGCCUUGCGGUUAAGGUGUUGGGCUACCAAUCAUAAGGUUGUGAGUUCGAUCCCAGGACCACCAAACGCCACUGUUGGACCCCUGAGCAAGGCCCUUAACCCUGAAGUGCUCAGUUGUAUAAAAUGAGAUAAUGUAAUUCGCUCUGGAUAGUGGCGUAUGCUAAAUACUGUAAAUGCAUAUGAAUAUCCUAUAAUACUGAAUAAAAAGAUGAACAAAUUA